GCUGGGGCUCCCGGGCGUCCGCGGACGCAGAGGCGGGGGCCUCUGGGGUCGGGAAGUUGGCAUCCCUGCCACCUCUCCUCGGAGCGCUGUGUGCGUCCUCUCGGCGACUUGGCUGAGCGGUCCGGUGGAGCCUUGCCUGCCUUGUUCGGCGGCCCGGCGCGCACAAGCGGUGGUCUGCUGUGGAGGGCGGCGGCCUCGCUUCCCCGGUCCCGGACGCCGGCCCCGGUCCCCCAGCUUCCCACAGAGUAAUUGACAGUCAAGUUACUAUGAGUCUGUUAAACUGUGAAAACAGCUGUGGGUCCAGCCAGGCUGAAAGUGACUGCUGUGCUGCCAUGGCCAGCUCUUGCAGUGCAACAGCAAAAGAUGACAGUGUGAGUGGAACCAGCAGCACAGGGAACCUGUCCAGUUCCUUUAUGGAAGAAAUCCAGGGAUAUGAUGUAGAAUUUGACCCACCCUUGGAAAGCAAGUAUGAAUGCCCCAUCUGCUUGAUGGCAUUACGGGAAGCGGUGCAAACACCAUGUGGCCAUAGGUUCUGCAAAGCCUGCAUCAUCAAAUCGAUAAGAGAUGCAGGUCACAAGUGUCCAGUUGACAAUGAAAUACUACUGGAAAAUCAACUAUUUCCUGACAAUUUUGCAAAACGAGAGAUUCUUUCUCUGACGGUAAAGUGUCCAAAUGAAGGUUGUUUUCACAAGAUGGAACUGAGACAUCUUGAGGAUCAUCAAGCACAUUGUGAGUUUGCUCUUAUGAAUUGUCCCCAAUGCCAACGUCCCUUGCAAAAAUGUCAGCUUAAUGUUCACAUUCUGCAGGAUUGUCCAAGGAGACAAGUUUCUUGUAGAAAUUGUGCUGUAUCCAUGGCAUUUGAAGAUAAAGAGAUCCAUGACCAGAACUGUCCAUUGGCAAAUGUCACCUGCGAAUACUGCAAUACCAUGCUCAUCAGAGAACAGAUGCCGAAUCAUUAUGAUCUAGACUGCCCAACAGCCCCAAUCCCAUGCACAUUCAGUACUUUUGGGUGCCAUGAUAAGAUGCAGAGGAAUCACCUGGCACGCCACCUACAAGAAAAUACGCAGUCUCACAUGAGAAUGUUGGCCCAGGCUGUUCAUAGCUUAAGCCUUGCUUUACCACCCAUUCCUCCACGUGAUAUAACGCCAUAUGAACCCCGGCGUUCCUCUGGCUGUAACCCAGAGGAUGAGAAUUUCCGAGAAACCAUUCAACAGUUAGAGCGUCGCCUUGUAAGACAGGACCAUCAAAUCCGAGAGCUGACUGCUAAAAUGGAAACUCAGAGUAUGUAUGUAAGUGAGCUCAAACGAACUAUUCGAACCCUUGAGGACAAAGUUGCUGAAAUCGAAGCACAACAGUGCAAUGGGAUUUACAUUUGGAAGAUUGGCAACUUUGGGAUGCACUUGAAAUCUCAAGAAGAGGAAAAACCUGUUGUCAUUCAUAGCCCUGGAUUCUACACAGGCAAACCUGGGUACAAACUAUGCAUGCGCUUGCACCUUCAGUUACCAACUGCUCAGCGCUGUGCAAACUAUAUAUCCCUCUUUGUCCACACAAUGCAAGGAGAAUAUGACAGCCAUCUCCCUUGGCCCUUCCAGGGUACAAUACGCCUUACAAUUCUUGAUCAGUCUGAAGCACCAACAAGGCAAAACCAUGAAGAGGUAAUGGAUGCCAAACCAGAGCUGCUUGCCUUCCAACGGCCCACAAUCCCACGGAACCCCAAAGGUUUUGGUUAUAUAACAUUUAUGCACCUGGAAGCCUUAAGACAAAGAACCUUCAUUAAGGAUGAUACGUUAUUAGUGCGUUGUGAAGUCUCCACCCGCUUUGACAUGGGUGGCCUUCGGAAAGAGGGCUUCCAGCCACGAAGUACUGAUGCAGGGGUAUAGUGUCCCCUCAUUCAUUUCACAGAACAACAGAUUAUAUGGAAAAAACAGUGCCUUUCUUUGCCUAUUCUUGAUAAUAUGCAAGCAAAAAUGCAGUGGGAAAGAUAUACACAGUGAAUGUUGUUACCACUUCUUCCUAGUCAAAUACCCAAAGCAGUUUCUUCUUGAGAAUCUUCAGAUUGCAUGCCUAUUCAAAAUGUUACAUCUGAGGGGUAUUUGCAGCAGCUAUUUUGUCAGUUAGUAUACCUCUUUGUUGUACUUUCAUGGGCUUUUGUUUUGUAUGUGUUUUAUUGUCAAGAAA